GAAGUAAUAAUGUUGAUUUACUCGAGUAAUGUUUACGUUGAUUUGACCUGGUUGUAAAGUGGUCAUUAUGCAAUAAAACAAUUAAAUAUUUAACAAAUAUUAAUUAGUAUAAGUUUAUUUAAAUGCGCUGCAAUAAAAAAUAAUCGGGGAUACAAUUAUGUACAUAAAAAUCGAAUCAACAUUGAGGUUAUAGUAACAAAACCUCUGUAAUAUAUAAAAAUGGUUAUAAUAAAUCCAGAUACCAACAGAGAUAUAUGCAGUUGGCUUGUACACGUCAAAUUAUCUCGUAUAGUUACUUUAGUUUUAGCUAUACUAAUCCUCACACCUCUAAUAACACAUUUUUAUCUAUCAAAAGUAGAAAGAAAUUCCUACUACAUAGAACACAGUGGACAUUCUCAUGAAGAUUUACCGGAAGAUUAUCACUCUCAAGCGGAUUUACUAGCAAAUGUCGAAGAAUUGAGAAGAAUAAGAGGAUCUGUGUUGAGCGAAUUGAGGGAUAUCGAAAGAAAGCGACGACAAUACAAAACCGAAAUUCAAACUUAUGCGAAAAACAUUGAAGAACUGAAAUCAGAAUUGGCACACCAACAAACAAUCUUGAACAGGUUAAAGAUUUCUGUUGAGCAAGCACAAGUGGCACAAAGGGAAGCCCUACAGCAAAACACCCCCGAAUUAGCCCUACCUAAAAAACUAACCUCAAACGCUUUACCUUCAAUCUUACCGGCUAUUUCGAAACAAUUAUCCAAACGAUGUCGGAUGCACAACUGCUUUGACCACUCGAGAUGUUCUUUAACAUCAGGAUUUCCUGUAUAUCUGUACGAUCCUGAUCAAUAUCCCGUGAUGCAUGACGGUUGGGAUAUAGAUGGGUUUCUAAAAACUACUUUGAAGCAAACUUUGGGAUACAAUCCCCAUUUAACCGAUGAUCCCAAACAGGCUUGUAUAUUUUUGGUUCUGGUAGGAGAAGCGCUCAAAGAUACGGAUGAUGUUAGUGAAAACGUUGGGAAUCAUUUGAAUCUCCCCCCUUUAGACGCAGAAGCCUUGAGACGGUUACCGUAUUGGGGAGGCGAUGGCAGGAACCAUGUGCUAUUGAAUUUAGCUAGGAGGGAUCUUAUGUCGGCGGCUGGAGAUGUUUUUUCUGAAGUAGACACUGGCCGAGCGAUAUUGGUUCAAUCAACAUUUACUUAUGACCUGUUUAGGCCAGGUUUUGAUCUUAUUAUUUCACCUGUGUUGGGUCCUCCAGGUGGUGAUGUUUGGCAGGAAUGCAACCCCAUGCUACCUGCUCGACGACGUUAUUUGCUCAGUUUUCAAGGAGAAAUGAAGAAACAGAAAGCUGCAUCUAUUUCUCCAUUCGAUAAUAAUAAUACUGAACUUGAGAGGUUUAUAUUAGAUCAUCUAGUACAACUUUCGAAAACGACAACUUCUGAUAAAUUUUUGUUCGAAUUUGAAUGUAACCCAGCUAGUGAUAACAAUUUGAAUAACGGUUAUGAAGAUUGGGCUCUCUGCGGGACAGAUAGUAGUCGAAGGACCGUUUUAAAAGAUUCAACUUUUGUAUUAAUUUUUGCCCCCGGACAGGAAAACUUAAUUUCCACCACACUUUUACAAGCUAGAGUUUACGAAGCUUUAAGAUCUGGUACUAUCCCGGUGGUAUUAGGUGGGGAUCAAAUAACUUUGGCAUACGACGAGGUGCUCCAAUGGAAACGGGCCGCUAUAUAUUUACCGCGCCCUCGCAUCACCGAACUCCAUUUUCUUUUGAGAGCUAUACCGGACGAGGAUGUUCUGUUGAUGAGGCGACAGGGACGUCUCAUUUGGGAGAGAUAUUUAGCUUCAGUACAAAGUACUCUUGACACCAUAGUCGCUGUAUUAAGAGAUAGAUUGAAUAUACCAGCGUCCGCGGCCGAAACCGUCAUAGCAACGAGCGUUUUCAACGAAACUUUUCAACCUAUACAAGUAUCGGUGGCUAGCGAGGUAGAACAAGAAGAGAGUUUAGGUCCUCUGGAACCUCCAUUUGAUAGCGCGGCGUAUCGAAGGAACUACAGUUUAUCCCUUGUCCAAGGUUCUGAAAUUUGGAACGAUUGGGGUGAUCCCUUUCGUUUGUAUCCGACUUUACCAAUGGAUCCCCUUUUAUCAUCUGAUGCUAAAUUUAUCGGUUCCGGUCGAGGUUUUAGACCAAUAGGACAAGGUCAAGGUGGUUCUGGGAAGGAAUUUUCUGAAGCUUUAGGGGAUUCGCCCAGGGAACAAUUUACAGUGUUGCUUUUGACUUAUGAGCGCGAACAAGUUUUGUUGGAUUCGAUUGCAAGGUUAAGGGGAUUGCCGUAUUUGAAUUCUGUGAUCGUAGUUUGGAACUCUCCUAGAUUACCUAGUCCGGAAUUGAGAUGGCCGGAUAUAGGAGCUCCCGUCCACGUGAUAAAGGCAGCUAGAAACUCGCUAAAUAACAGAUUCCUGCCGUUAGAAAACUUAAAAACCGAAGCCAUCUUAUCAGUCGACGACGACGCUCAUCUACGACACGACGAAAUCCUGUUCGGAUUCCGAGUUUGGCGGGAACACAGAGAUAGAAUAGUGGGAUUCCCCGGAAGAUAUCACGCUUGGGAUUUGAACACGAAAAACGGUUGGUUGUAUAAUUCGAAUUAUAGCUGCGAGUUGAGCAUGGUGCUAACGGGGGCGGCGUUCCUCCACCGCCACUACCUCUAUCUCUAUUGGAAAUGGUUGCCGCAAGCGAUCAGGGAUAAAGUCGACGAAUAUAUGAAUUGCGAAGACAUCGCCAUGAAUUUUCUCGUCAGCCACGUAACGAGGAAACCUCCCGUCAAAGUGACUUCAAGAUGGACGUUCAGGUGUCCCGGAUGUCCGCAGAGUCUCUCCGAAGACGAUACGCAUUUUCAAGAAAGGCAUAAAUGUAUAAAUUUCUUCACGCAGGUAUUCGGCUACACGCCUUUACUAAACACUCAGUAUAGGGCAGAUUCGAUUCUAUUUAAAACUAGGAUACCCCACGAUAAACAAAAAUGCUUCAAAUUUAUUUAGAUGGGGUUGAAAUGAGUUUUACCCCAAUGGAUUCGAGUACAAGUUUUAUUACAUUUGAUAUUUCGUUUAAAAAAAUUUUUUCUCUUAUGCAAAUCAUCUAAUUUAUUGUGAUAUAUAUUAAUUAAGAGUGUGCCAUUUUUUUUUCUAAUACGAAUCGUGUAAAUAAAUACUAUUGUUAAAAA